UUGUGGACUUGAAGUAUAAGGUAACACGUAGUAUCAAGUAAAGUAAAGUAGUAAAUAUAGUUUACUUGACUUGAUCAACUAUAUAAUGAUCAUAUAGGCCUAUCAAGAUAAAUCGAUAAUAUCUGUAUUUUAUGAGGGAAGAAAAUGGUAUCUACGGUUGCUAUAUGUGAUGACGUCCCUACGCUCUGUCCCCGCCCCCUGCUUGUGUGCGGCCAGUACCGGAAGUUCCGUUCCGUCGCGAACUGGGACAGCAAGCGCACCUCUUACAGUGUAUGUGUGGCAAUAACAUGUCUGUGCCGCUGCUCGCCGAGGCUGUGACAGUGUCCGGGAUGGAAAAGGAGACUGCAGCGGUGAUAUUUCUUCAUGGGUUAGGAGACUCAGGGCAUGGGUGGGCAGACACUUUGAAGGGGAUCCAGCUGUCUCACGUCAAGUUCAUCUGUCCCCACGCGCCCCCGAUUCCCGUCACUCUCAACAUGAAGGCCAUGAUGCCCGCGUGGUUUGACCUCAUGGGUCUCAGCCCCGACUCCCAGGAGGACGAAUCUGGAAUCAAGAAGGCAGCAGACAGCAUCAAGGCCAUAAUCGAACAUGAGAUCAAAAAUGGGAUCCCCCCGCACCGUAUAAUGCUCGGUGGCUUCUCUCAGGGUGGGGCCUUGUCCUUGUAUACCGCCUUGACCUGCCAGCAUCAGUUGGCUGGCAUUGUGGCCCUCAGUUGCUGGCUACCACUUCACAGGAGUUUCCCAUCGGCGUCAAGCGGCAACAAGAACAUCCCGAUCCUGCAGUGCCACGGGGAGAUGGACGUCAUGAUCCCAGUGCAGUUUGGUGCCAUGACGGCAGAGAAACUCAAAUCCAUAGUCAACCCUCAGAUGAUCACCUUCAAAACCUACCAAGGGCUCCCUCACAGCUCCUGUCCUCAGGAGAUGGCGGCUGUAAAGGAAUUUAUCGAGAAGUAUUUGCCCCAAAUUUGACCUCACCUCAUCCCCACUGUGACCCGCUGAGACACUGACCUCUCACCCCGGAUCUGCCAUUCUCCCACAGGAAACAGCCAUGAGCACCCCCUCUUCCACAGACAUCAGCUAGAAACAAACAUACGAAUGAAAACACGCAUACAUAUUUAAUAAUCAUAAUGAUUCGAUCCACACUGCUAAACAAAACGUAUGAUAACAUAAAACAUAUGAUAGCACUCAUACUGAAAACACACUGAUUUGAUUCUAACAUGAUUAAGUGCUCACACUUACAAGUCUUAGCCUUUCAGAGGGAGAAACUGAUUAACACAUUGCAUUCCUUUUUGUUUUAUUAAAGUCUGUCGCCUCUA